AACAACAUAACCAAAUCUUUAACUUGUCAUCCGAUUAGAAGCGUUGAGACAUAACUUGGAGCUAGGUGUAAAAUCAUUGUUGUAGUCGUUCAUUCUUCCUUUUCGUUCAGAUUGUAAGCCGAUCGAAAUGUCGUCUACCGAUGACCCUACUGAUUGUUCUCUUCUUCCAGUUAAAAGGCGACGCUCAAGCAUACUGAGGCGAACGUCUGUUGCUCCAGCAAUUAUCAACUCUGAAUUUGCUCAUAGACAGUAUGUUUUGGAGGCUCAACAAGAGGCACAAGAAUGGAUUGAUCUCGCCAAGCAGCGACGUCAACAAGCCAAAAUAGCAGAAGCUGCGCUGGAACAGGUUUCGGAACACCCUCCAACUCUUACAUUUGAUAAUGUCGAAGGUGACCUCACACCAGAGGACUUGGAAUUUCUUGCUCAGCGGCCUGAUUAUGAAAAAAUAUCUAAAGCCUCAGACAAUCUUUUUGAGAAAGUUGCCCUCCUUAAAACUAAGAUUGAAAAUGUACACUCUCAGGGUAAAGCUUCUGAGUUCUUGGUUAAAUGUCGUGCUAAUUCAAUAGCAUCAAAUAUCUGUAUGUACAAUGAUUUAGCACCGGUAAAACAAUGUACUAUCCCAUAAUUCAUGAUGCUCUUUAUUUCCUGUUCCCUAUUAAUUUAAAAUAAAGUAAUAAGUUAAAUUUGAAA